AUGAAGAAAGAACCCAUUUUGAACAAUAAUCAAUUCAACAAUAAUAAUAAUAAUAUAUUAAGUGAUUUAAAAACUCCAACACCCAUGACCACUUCUGAUACCACUAAUAGUAGCAAUAACGUUACAGCAGCACCUGCGAUCAAUACAAGUAAUAAAACAAUCAAGAAAAGGAGCAAAGUUUCGAGAGCAUGUGAUCAAUGUAGGAAAAAAAAAAUUAAAUGUGAACGUACUGAACAAGGCCAGUUAUGUGCCGGCUGUCUUAAAUCUGGUGAAGUCAAAUGUACCUUUGACAGGAUUCCAUUGAAAAGAGGUCCUUCAAAGGGGUAUGUUAAUGAAAAAAAGAGAAAAAAAACUAAUGAAGGAGGUGAAUAUAUAGAAGAGGAUGCAAUUAAUAAAAAAAGUGGUAACAGUAAUCAUUCCUCUACUCCUUCUUCUGGUAACAUGAACAGAAAUAUAAGUCAACAACAACAACAACAACAACAACAACAACAACAACAGCAACAAAGGAGCAACAAGUUAAGUAUCUCUAGUAGCAUAAGUGCAAAUAAUGCUACAAGUAAUGCUGCCAUGUUGACUUCGCCAUCUAGCAAUAUGAUAACACGGAAUUUAAGUAUAGGGACUAGCGGAGCUCUACUUGGGGCACAGUCUUCUUCUGUCUUUAACAAUAACAACAAAGUACCAUGGAAUAAUAUGGCAACAACUACUACCGCUACUAGUGCUGUUAAUACUGGUAACACUACUACCGCUACUAAUACUACUAAUAAUGUUUCAUUACCGCCUUUAACACAAUAUUUUCCAACAGGCAAUGCUACUCCAAAUUUAAUAAAUACACCAAGUAAUAAUAAUAAUAACAACAAUAAUAAUAAGGGCAAUAAAAAUAUUAACCAAUCAGUAGCGAAUAACGUCUCAACGAAUAACAACAACAACAACAACUUAUUUAUUCAAUCACCCACCCAAAAUGGGUCUAUAAAUAACGUUACAGCACAGCAACCGUUUUGGAAAGUUCCUUAUCACGAAUACCAACAAAGGCGGAGUUCAUUAGAUUCAAUGAGUAGCGAAUUUUCUGUAAAUAAUCCAUUUAAUAGUACUAACCUAAAUACUGCCGGCAGCAGUAAUAAUAUGCUCAGUGCGACUAUAAAUAGUGUGGGGAAUAAUAACAAUAAUAUUCAGGGUCAUUAUAGAACCAAUAGUACAACUGGAAGUGUAAUAGUGAGUAAUAACGGUAACAUAAACAAUAAUAAUAACAACACUAAUUUAUUACAACCUACGAUAUCAAAUACCUCUUCCCUAAGCUCAAACUUCUUCAAGACCAGUAAUAUUGGCAACAUUAACCAACGUGGCAGUCAAGUGUAUUUACCGUUUCCUAAUGAUCAGCCUAAUAGUAAUGUCGGUACCGGGAUACCUGUCUCUACUGGAGUCAUUUUAAAUGGCAUUGUUAAUAGUAAGAUAAACAAUAAUAAUACUAGUAACGACAUUAAUACCAAUACUGUUGCUACCAAUAAUAACAACAGUUUAUUAGAGGGUCAAAGUAGGGUACAAUCUCCUUUAUUAAAAGAACCUUUCCAAACAUCAAGAAAAAACAGUUUUAUAAGUGAAGCCAUGUCUCCAACAACAAUGAGCAACAUUAAUAACAAUAAUAAUAUUAAUAGCGCUGGGAUUGAUAUGAGUAUGAAAAAUAACAACAAUGCCACAAACAUUAGCACUGUUAAUAAUACUAGGGAAGCUAGUUUUAGCAAUUUUAUUACGCCGCAACAACAAGCUUCUUAUAUGUUUCAAGCCUUUGAAUUACAAAGGCAACAACAGCAACAGCAACAGCAACAGCAACAGCAACAGCAACAACAACAACAGCCACAGAACUACAACCAGCAUACUCAUCAGUAUCAAAAGAUAAAGAAUAAACCAGAAAAUAACACCAAUACAGCAAGGACACCAACCAGGAGGAGAAAUAAGAAAGUUAUAACCAAUAAUAACACCUCUUCCAUUGCCAAUGCCAAAAGUGACAAUAAUAGUCAGACAAACAGUAUAAGCAACCAGGGCAAUAACACACCCGAUUCAAUUUCUUCUGCAGUAUCCAUAGAAGACAUGUUUGGAAAAAUCAAUGAAGUUGAUUUGAUUAACAUUUAUUACGAGUACAUUCAUCAAUAUUUCCCAAUCAUCCCAAUAAACAAAACGACAUUAACUAAUGAAACCUUGUUAUUAAACACACAAGGUGGCAUCUCACAGAUACAUGAAUUGAAUAACUACGUGUUACAUUGGUUUAGGAAUUCUUUAGAAAUAUUGGUUAGAAUAACUUGUAAUAGUAGCAGUAGUAAUAGUAACAGAGGCAGUAUCAGCAAGAAUGGCAAUGUGGCAAACAGCAAUAAAGGUUUUGGUAAUAGUACCAACUCUUUAAAUAAUCGUCAUAGAAGCGUUAAUAUGGGCGGCAGUCCGUCAGUUAUAAUAAAUGAUCCUCUCUAUGAAAAAAGUUGUUUUAUUACUACGUUAAACGAAAUAUUUCAGAAAGUUGUUGAUGUUCAUCCCAAAUUUAGAGAAAAUUCUAGACUUAUCAGUGGAAAUUUGAAGAUUAUUUAUCUAAGCAUUUUUAUUAUUUUGAAUUGGAUUUUACUGUAUAUUGGGUAUGAUAACUCAUUUGUGUUGGGAAUGAGUGUCACUGUUUUCAAUGAAUUUAAGAAUUAUAAAAUGAUCCUUAAUGAAGAUUAUAUUAACGAUGAUAAUUACGAUGCUGACGGCGAUACUCGCAAUAGCGACGACUGCGAUACUAACAAUAUCAAUGCUCGAGAUAAAAAUAAUCUAAACACUUUGAUUUUCCAAAGACUAUAUAUAUUAUUGAUUAUAUUUGAUAACUUCCAAAGUUGUUCAUUUGGUGUACCUAAACUAUUGACUAUUCCAAUCAGCGAUGAAUUGUUAAUAGAUGUUUUCGGAUUUCAAAACUAUAAGGGUAGUGGUACCAAAACCAAUGAUAGGAAUAUAAUUGUUACAAAGUUUGAUGUUGACAAUGACAAGAAUAAAAUUUUAUUUAUAUUAAGCUCUUUAAAGUUGGGCUCUUUUAUCGGAGAUACAUGCAUAAAUAGAUUACUACUGAAUUUAAGAGGUACGCCACAGUAUUUUAUGGAUAGUUUAAGUUCUCAAUCCAGUGUACUACUUGUAGAAUUGAUGGGUAAGAGGGAACUUUCCAACCUUAGUGAUUCAAAUAAUGUACUAUACAAGGUUGGAAGCACUGCAACUCCAUUGCUUUUUAUUAAAAUGUUACAAUUGAAAAACGAUUUAAUACUAAACCUGAUUUUAAAUUGCGGAGAAGAUACUAUUGAAUUAGUUGAUAAUGGCAGUACAUUUACCAUCAAUAAUAUUACUAUUACCGAUGACAAAUUAAACAAGUUGUUGAAUUUAUGUAAUGUUGUUUGUGAUUUAAUUUCUACAAUUUUAGGAAUUUUACAAAGAUUAAUUAAAUUUAAUAUUACGAAUAGCAUUGAUAGAGAAUAUUACAAUUCCAGUGUUGCCAACGGUUCUACAGUAAACAGGAAUUCUGAUUCUAACAACAACAACAAUAGUAAUAAUAAUAAUGGUAAUAAUAAUAACAACAGUGGCAAUGAUAACGGUAUUAACAAUAACACUAGUACUACUAAUAAUAUUAAUGAUGCUGUGGUUAAUAUUUCUGCCUCGUCCAAUUUUUUAUUAGAUGAUAAUUUUAGGGGUAUUUCAGGCGAUAAAAAUGAAUCAAAAGAAGAAGGAGAAGAAGGAGCAGAUGAGAAUGGUGACGACGAAUUUUCUGUCGCUUUAUAUAAGGGCAAGAUUAAUCCAUUUUUAAUAUCUAUGUUGAAACAAUGUUAUUUUUUAGUCCAUCAAAUACGACAGUUACCUAGCUUAUUAAUUAGCGAUUUAAUGAAAGAAUCAGCACUGGUGUACUCCAAUUCUACUAACAUUAAUAGUAACCCUAAUAAUAUAAUGGAACAACAAAAAAGUGUACAAGAGAUGGUUGUUAAUUUAAGUAAUGCAUUACAAAACAUUGUUACUAUUACUAGUUGUAUUAAUACAAUAAAACCUUUUAGAUUGCUAGAUUAUUCUACUAAUUCGCCGGUUACUAAUAGGAUUACCAGUAACAGCAGUCAAGAUAUUUCUUCAUUAACACCUGGUAUGAUGACAAGUAGUAAGCUUAACUCUGGAAGCAAGAGUUUUUCCAAGCCUUCUACACCUUCUAUGACUAAUUACGGUACCGUCGUUGGUAGUGACAAUACUACUAGUAAUAAUAACAAUAAUAGUAAUAGUAAUAUUAAUAGUAAUAAUAAUAAUAAUAAUAAUAAUAAUAAUAAUAAUAAUAAUAAUAAUAAUAAUAAUAAUAAUAAUAAUAAUAAUAAUAAUAAUAAUAAUAAUAACACGGUAAAUUUUAAUGACGGUAAUUCCAACGAUGGCGGGAGUAGUAGUAUUAUAACUAACAACAGCAAUAUCAACUCAAAAGUAAUCACCGGUAACAACGUGGGUAGUAAUGAUUCAUCUACGUCCACUAUAUUUGGUAUAUGCUUUGGCAAAGGAAUUUAUAGUCAUACAUGCAAAAAUCGACAUAGUGGCGGAAAGAAGAAUAACAAUGGCAACAAUAAUAAUAAUUGCUAUAUGUGCAGGACAUUUAACAAGAGAAAAUUAAAAUACUUGAAGAAAAUAGUUAAAAACGAAGAAGAUUUUAAUAAGGUGUUAAAUAGUCCAUACGGGGAUUGUGCAUUGAAAUUGAUUGAUGAUAACGAAUUGGGAUGGUUUAAUUAA